UUCAAUCACGUGUUAUCCUGCAAAGUUUAGUGCCACCACGUGCCACACAAAAACCCUCUGCCACACUCUGAGUGAGUAUUUGUAUCAGUGUUCUUUGUUAAAUUAUGUUUUGUAGUGGUUCUAGGCCUUGCUGUUUUAUUACUGGAGCUAGCCGUGGGUUUGGAAGAUCUGCGGCAAUCGCAUUAGCACGGCAAUUCUCUGAUUCUGGAACCGAAGGAAAUUUUAUCCUUGUCUCGCGUUCCGGAGAUGGGCUUGAAGAAACAAAGAAAAGAAUCGUGGAUGUCUGUGUUAGUGCGAAAGUUCAUGUUAUGGUUGCCGAUCUUGGAGAGAUGAGCACCUUAGAGGAUUCCAUAAAAGCUGCAUUGUGUAAGGUUGAAUCAUCCAAAGUUACACAUGCCUUUCUCCUGAAUAAUGCAGGGUCACUUGGAGAUGUGUCAAAAUGUUUCAAGGACGUCUCCCAGAAGGUUGAUGCCCUGGCAGAUUACUUCAACCUGAAUCUAAACUCUCCCUUAUUUCUUACUGGGAAGUUUCUUCAUUACUUCAAGGAUGCCUGCUGUACUGUAGUUAAUGUAUCGUCCCUCAUGGCUCUACAAUCUUUUCCAUAUUUUUCUUUGUAUUGCACUGGCAAAGCAGCUCGAGAUAUGAUGUGUCAAGUUCUGGCUAAAGAGGAGCCCAAUGUUAAUGUGCUAAGUUAUGCCCCUGGACCACUGCUUACAGAUAUGUACGAGGAGAUACGCACCACAUGUGGGAAUCAGGAAGUUGUUGAUAUGUUUAACACCAGUAAAGAGCAAAGUACAGCACUAACUUCAGAUCAGUCUGCAGAAAAACUUGUUAGAAUUCUGAAAGAAAAUGCUUUCAUUUCUGGUUCUCAUGUGGAUUACUUUGAUUGAAAUGUCAUGCAUAAGGUGUUCUUAUAAUUUUAUUUCAAGAUCUUAAAGUGGUAAAAAAGGUGUGGUCAUUUUAUUAAAUCAAUGUGCCCGUUCAUAUCAUCUUAUCUGUGAACUGGUCAGUUUUAAGAGUUAACUGGGUAUCCUGUGGCAUUAGGCUUGUUCAUCAGCAGCAAUCAUAUUAAUGGAAACAGACAUCUCUUUUAUUUAUGACAAUGAUCAUUAAAUGGGUCACAAGCAUCAUGAGAAACCUGGACACUAGAGGCAGAGAAAAGUAUAAAGAGGGAAAGUAUAGGAACAAUGUAAAAAGCAAGAAAAAAUAUUAUAAGUUUAAAAAGUAAAAUCUGCACAUUUCCUUCUUGUUGUAGG